AUGGUUUCAGGAUCCGCUCUUGUGAAGAAAGAACGUCCUGCCGCCACGACGCCGCUACCGUCAUUUGAAACGGAUCCCGCGGACGCCAAGGCCAAUGUCAGGGCUGCCCCGCCCUAUUCAAAACAGGGAAAGAGGGAAAAGGGCCAAAAUGCCACUGAAAUAGUUUUUUUUUUCUUAUUUUUAUUUUUCCAUAGGGAUUGGACUUGUGUAUGCGUGUGGGUGGGCCUCGGGUGUGGGUCAAGGGGCUUCCCCCGGACCUGGCUAAAGAACCCAGAAACCGCCCCCGCAAGCCAUUUUGCACCACGCCUCCUUUCACGGCAGACCCCGGGUAUUUUACUCCUUUUACCUUUUCCAACGCCUCGGUCAAGCAAGCCGACACUUCAAUUUGGCCGCUUUGUUGAAGAUAUGUGCUUGUUAUCUGUGCUAAAAGGUUUAUUUUCUUCGUGGGAAUGCGUUCUGGGAGGAACGAAAAGAAGCGUGAAUUUAAGAGAACUCCCAAUCCCAAGCGCGCAAGGUAAGAAGCAAAAUCAAAGCAACCCCCACUUUUUUUUCAGAGCAGAGAGUAAUGGCGGAAAGCGUUUUUGCUUUUGCGCGCUGAAUCGUGGCAACGGAGUUUUUUUUUUUACCUUUUGCGCGUGCCAAACUGUGGUGCGGAAAGCGAAUUCUUCGCCAAAACCGUACGGCGGGAACGCGUCAUUCUAA